CCCAGCAAUAGUUAUACGCAACCACGCAGAGAGCUCCAAUCCACCAGCACGUCGUCGAUCGUACUGCUCCCUGCCUCCCCGCCGCAUACCCUUCGGCGAGCUAAGUCCAAGCUGCGUGCAGUGAGAGGGACGACGAGCGGUGCCGGUGGUCGAGGAUGAGCAGGAACGGCGGCAAGGUGUCGAAGCUGGAGAGCCUGCGGCUGAGCCUGUCGCGGGCGCGGGGCGGCGGCGGCGGGCAGUCGUCGACGACGACCACGGCGCGGCCGGGCGGCGGCGGGGGCGUGAACGGCGCCAUCAGCACGUCGCCGCGGCGGCUGUCCUCGUCUUCGUCGUCCACCGCGUCGCCGCCGAGCUCGUGCGUGUCGUCGGAGGGCAGCCCGGACGCGGCGGCCGGGGCGCCCAUGGUCCUGGCGGGCUGCCCGCGGUGCAUGAUGUACGUGAUGCUGUCGCGGGAGGACCCGCGGUGCCCCCGCUGCCACAGCGCCGUGCUGCUCGACUUCAACGACGACCAGCAGCGCCGCCCGCGCCAGCGCCGGUGAAACCGCCGCCGAUCUCAGUUCGUUCCUUCAAGUCGUCUCGUAGCAUCGCCAUUCGUGAUCGAGUUAAUUUUGUUGACUUCUGGGAGACGAAAGAGAGAUGCCUAGUUUGUUGGCUCGCAAGCCGAUCAAAAGAAAUUAUUUCAUAGACCUGUUCUUCCAUGCUGCGUGCACUGUCGGCGGAUGGAGUUGGGUCUAGGUAAUAAUUUCGUGUGGUUAGCGCGUCUUUUGCAAUUUAAGUAUUUGAUGGUCUGCUCAGAAUUACUGCGCCACAGUGCAAAUAUUUAAUCUUCUCUGUCAUGAACA